AUGUCUCAAAAGCAGAUGAAGGAAGCUUUUGUCAGUAACCUCAAUGGAACCACUGUCCUGGAAAUAAUCCAGGGCUUGUGUUUUCCUGUACCUUGUAUCCUGUGCAGAGGGCUGGUGAUUAUUCUCUUACAGCACUUUGGUUCUUCGUAUACAUGGAAAACACAAUUCUUCAUUGACUUUGUUGCCCUGAUAGUUCCUCAGGUGGCCACUCUCACCAUUUUGUCUUCAUUUCUUUUCCUUGAGUAUCUCACUGUAUUUAUCUUUGGGGCAGGACUAUCCUAUCAAGUGUAUCACAAGAGGACUUGCUAUGCCAGAGUGCCUAUGCAGAAAAUCCUAGGAAAAUUCUUGAAAAUCAGAGUACAUUCAGAAUACAUUCCAGCCAUCUCCUGUUUCCGUGUACUUAACAGUGUAUUUACUGCUGUAGCCAUUUUGGCUGUGGAUUUUCCACUUUUCCCCAGACGGUUUGCUAAAACAGAGCUUUAUGGAACAGGAGCAAUGGAUUUUGGAGCAGGAAGCUUUGUUUUUGGGGCUGCAGUGGUUUGUUCAGAGGUUAGGAGGAAAUCCCACAUGGGAAAACCCACAUUUUAUAACCUGACAAAGUCACUGCAAUCCGUGUGGCCGUUAGUCUUCCUAGGAAUAGGACGAGUAGUUAUUAUAAAAAGCAUAGGCUAUCAGGAACAUUUAACGGAAUAUGGCGUACACUGGAACUUUUUCUUUACAUUAGCAGUUGUAAAAUUGAUAACAUCAGUACUUUUGAUUUUCUUACCUGUAAAUAAAUCCUGGAUUGUAGCUAUCAGCAUUAUCAUACUUUACCAGCUAGCUCUUGACCUUACCCCACUGAAGAGGUUGCUUUUGUAUGGCACUGAUGGCAGUGACACAAGGGUUGGCUUCUUAAAUGCCAACAGAGAAGGAAUAAUCUCUACUUUGGGGUAUAUAGCAAUAUAUAUGGCUGGGGUUCAAACAGGGUCCUAUCUGUUUAAGAAGAGAUCACAUAUCAAAGACUGGAUAAAAGUAAUAUAUUGUCUUCUACUGACAGGUAUUAGCCUCUUUGUAUGUCUUUACAUAAUUCAGGCAAAUGUAGAAGCAGUAUCUCGAAGAAUGGCUAACUUAGCCUUCUGUGUUUGGGUAGUUGCGAGUAUCCUGACUCUCCUGGGUAGUUUAUUAGUAAGUGAUAUAAUUUUGAGUUUUGCCAAAUUUUUAUUUAAAGGGGCUCUAGUACCAUGCUCUUGGGAACUUAAUCAGUCACCUGCUGCAACUAAAAAGCAUUCAGAAGUCCCUAAAGCAGAAAGAAAAGGAGUUAGUCUUUGUUUAAUCACAGCUAUUAACAGAAACCAGUUGUUUUUCUUCUUGCUAUCAAAUGUAACAACUGGCCUCAUCAACAUGAUGGUAGAUACAUUACACAGCAGUACUUUGUGGAGUUUAUUUGUGCUCUAUCUCUACAUGCUUGGUAACUCUUUAAUUUUAUUUGUGCUACAUUUACAAGACAAGACUGUAAAAUUCUGGUGA